AUAUAUAUAUUUAUUCUUCUUCUUCUUCUUAAUUCACAUUAGAACAACUUGCAUAUGUUGUGGGGCACAAGUUGACUUUCUUUGUAUGUUGUCAUCUUUAUUUAUUUAUUUAUUAUUAUUAUUAUUAUUCAUUUUGAACAUAUUCUUCCCUUUCAACAAAUAUAUAUAUAUAUAUAUAUAUCCUCUCCUUUCAUUUUAUACUUUCUAGUUAAACUAGAUUCUUUUUUUUUUAUUUUUACAUUAUAUAUUUUGAUACCAAUUCCAAUAUAUUAUAGAUAUCACUCCUUAAAAUAACAACUAUUACAUGUCCUCCUCUUCCUCCUCUUCUCCACCAAAACCAUCAGUUUCUCUUCCUUUAACAUCUCGUGGCGCGGCUUCACCUGUCUUACCUACACCAUCCAAUUCAACUUCUGUUCGGACUUUACCAACUACAACUACAACAGCAGCACUAUCUACAAGCAAACUCGUGGAAUUGGAGCACCAAUUAGCUGAAAAGGAAAAACAACUGCAGGAAUCUAGUGGCGGAAUAGAAAAAAACGUGUUGGUCCGACAAAUUCGUCAAUUACAAGACAAGAUUCAACUGUUAACAACAAACAAGAGACAAGAACAAGAAUCAUCAACCAAUUCUUCAUUAUCAACAACUGAUCCAUCUUAUUCUAUAUCAUCUUCUUUUCACCAAAAUCAACUUCCUGACAAAUCUACAUCAACAAGUAGUUUUACAAGUUCAAGUAGUACUUCCAACAGUAACAAUGGUGAUCGUGAUCAAUUGGCCCCAGAAACUAUGGAAAAAUUACGUUAUUUGGAACGUGAUUUGAAUUCUUAUCGAACUUCUUUGAUACCUGGUGUUAGUCGCAAAGAAAAGUUACUUAGUCAACGAUCCAAUGCUUUGAACCCUUUACCAAGUCCAUCAAGUUCAUCCAUGCAAGAAUCUUCAAGCGCUUCUCUCUUACCAUUGCCUCCUUCUCUUGCUGGUGCUACUCCUACUAAACGUCGAUCUAAAGUACCAAACAAUGAUCGUCGCAAUACUGAUAUUGAAUUUGCCACGGAAAUCGGUCAAGGUCUACUUUUGGAAGUGCGGAAGAUGCAAGCUUUAUUACAAGAAAAGGAAGAACAGUUGCGUGCUUUGGAAUUACAACGAUCUGAUCUCGAACGUUCCAUUGAGGUCAUGGCAAAACAACUUCGACAAAGAGAUGAAGCUGAAGAACGACUCAAAGAAGAAACUUGGAAUUUGGAAUUAGCAAAACAAGAAUUGACAAUGACUGUGACGGAAUUACAACAGCAUCUCAGUAAAGCCAAUGCCGAACAAACUAAACUCAAUAGACAGAUUGCCACGGUUACUAGCGAAUUGGAACAAGUACGAGGACGUGAAGACAAAUUAACAGCUGCUAUCGAAACUUUAAAGACACGACAUGAACAAGAUAUGACUGGUGUUCGACGACAUAUGGCAACUAUACAACGGGAAAAGGCUGAACAAUCCAAACAACUCGAAGUCAUGUCAUCUGAACUCGCAAUCGCAAAGGCUCAAACAAGGAUUGCAAAAAGAAGUCAUCAAGAUUUGACAGAUAUCAACAAAUCAAUCUCCAAUAAAACUGGUAUCAAUGCGUCUUUGGAUGGUACUGGUUCCAACGAUGGGGACGAUGAUACUUCUCAACUACAGCAAUUUCAACAACAGCAACAACAACAACAUUCUUCCAACAAAUCUAACAUUGCUUUAUCUCCCUCUUCAUCCUCAGCGACAACUAUGCGACAACAGCAAGCAAUGGAAGUCGAAACUCUUAAGACAUCUCUUGGUCAUGCUCAUCGUAUGGUCUCCACACUGCGAUCCAAUCUACACAAGGAAAAAACUGAAAAGUUCGAACUCAAGAAAUUAUUGGCAGAGUCUCAAGAAACUAUAGAACAGAUGCAAAAUGAUCCUCGAAUGUGGGAAGACACUGGACUGGCAAAUACUGAUGCAGCAACAACGACAAUACAUUCUUCAGCAAAUGCGAAUAAUCACAAUGCUUUGGAUUCUACUGGAACAACAUCACGACGACCACGACGAAGCAGACGACGAUCUCAUGCACGUAUGGCACCAACUUCAAGUCGUAGCAACAGUAUUCACGUCAAAGAUCAACAAGAUGAUGAAGAACAUGAUGGAAAUAGAUCACGAUCAACUCGGGUAGCAUUUGAUGAUGACGACUAUUCUUAUUCUUCCUUUACUUCUGAUGACGAUGACAACGAUCAUGAUGACGAACGGAAGCACUCGACAACAAAGUCAUCUAGUCCUGUUUCUUCGAUUACGACCACUACCAUCACUUCACCUCCAGGAUUUACUUCAUUAUCGAUGGAAUUAUCAAAAAGUCAGCAACAACAAGAGUCCUCUCCAAUGUCUCGUUCCAACUCUGGUGGUCUUGCUUCUCUUUCUGAAGAAUUGGCCAAACAUAUGAAUUUCCAACCUUCUCCGUCUUCCUCUACAGAACAACCUAAAGUUCAUCGAUCGUUAGGAGAUGAACUGACUUUUGCUGAUGCCUUUCGUCAGGCCGCUUCUUCUACGCAUAAUACAGAUGAUCAACAACAGGCUGAUUUACUGAAGAGUGAUGCUUUCCAAGAUAUUUUGAAAGGUGCUGCCUUUGGUGCUGCUGGAAGUGGGUUGGUUGGUGCUAUUGCGCAAGCACGGGCUCAUCGUGGAGUUGAUGUUACUACUCAAACUAUCGCAUCAACACCAGUGGAAACCAAGGAUACGGAUAUUCAAACGGAUAAAGUGGUGGUGUCUCUGCCUGUGGAAACCAAAGAUACGGAUAUUCAAACGGAUAAAGUGGUGGUGUCUCUGCCUGUGGAAGCCAAAGAUACUGAUAUUCAAACUGAUGAUGUGGUGGUAUCUCUACCAGUGGAACACAAGCAUGUUGAUAUCCAAACAAACGACGUGGUUAUAUUUUUACCUACUGAACACAAGGACAUGGAAAUGCAAACGGAUGACGUGAUGAUAUAUCAACCAGUGGAACAUGUGCAUUCCGACAUGCAAACAGAUGAUGUAGCGAUUUACCCAUGUACUGAUCACGUUGACAACGAUGUGCAAACAAAUGAAGUCAUUGUAUCACUUCCAGUUGAACUGAAGGAUGUGGAAAUCCAGACGAAUGAAAAACCUGCCUCUGUCGACAAACAUAUACAAAGCAAUAUCAUUAUUACUGGUGUGGAUCAAGAAAUUCAAAUGGACCCUGUGACAUCUAUUGAUCAAGCAUCUCAAUACCUAGCUCCUGUUGCCCCUCUGGAUCAGAGUACUCAAUAUGAUUAUCAAGUCUCUGAAGUUCAUGUUGGCGUACAAUCAGAUAUCAUACCUCCUGCCGUCUUGGAAGAAAAGGCAGUCCAAACAACAAAUGUUAUCGACAAUACUUUGGUUGCUCCUAGUUUGAUGACAACACACGAUGAUACCGAUAAUCACCCUAUAAACAAAAACGGCGACAACAACGACAAGGUGGAAAAAAUGAAACAGCAAUCUUCGCCAGUAAAGCCAUCUGGUACCCUCGCUGGACUUUUAGCUACUGGUGCAGCUGCUCUUGGAUUUGGUGGUGCUAUUGCUCAUGAUCGUGAUGAUGAUGAUGAUGGCAAGGUGGAUGAUCUCAAGAAGGAAGGAAAACGUGACACCAAAGAAGACACAAAACCGGAUGAAGUUACUAGCUCUGGAGAUAGUACCAGUACUGAAAAAGUGAUCGAUUCGAAGAACCUUACUGCGUCUGGUCGAAACAACAACAAUGUCAAGGAUCUUGCCCAGAUUGAUGAAGACAAUAAUAUCAAGGAUCUUACUAGUGGAAUUGCUGACAAAUCAACUACCUCUGAGAAUGUAGAACAAGCCACGGAAGAAAAGACUUUAUCAAGAUCGGAAGCUGAUGCCAUGGUGGCUGCUGCUGUAGCUGCUGCAUUGAAGAAACAACAACAAUCUGAAGUAUCACCAACUCAAACAGACACCAUUUCUACGAAUACAAUUCCAGAAUCAGCUAUCAAGAGAUUUGAAAUCGGCAACGACAAACGACAUACAUGUGAUAUGAGUGCAAAUGGAGGACCAACAAUAGAAGAUGAUAACUACUCUAGAACAGAAAAAUCGGUUUUGGAUGGCACGACAAGGGACAGCACUGAUAGUAGGCGAUCUGAAUCAACAGAAGCAACUACAGUCUCAUCGGCAGACGGCAACUUCAGUUCACAAACGGAAUCAUCAUCUAUUCCAGCAAGACCUACAAGUCCACCACCACCAGCAUUGCUUGCACGUUCGUCUCUAUUGCGUUCGAACGGUGGUAACGACCGAUCACUUUACGAUAAAGGAAAAUGGCCGAUGAUCCAUGGUAACAAUAACACGUCUUCGUCUCCAUCAAAUCGCCAAAUUCAACAAAUGCAUGGAAAUCAUAGUGAUUCUUCUGGUUUAUCUACUCCAAUGGCACGCGUGAAUCCCAACUACUACAAUAAGGAAGAUGAUACUGACGGUACAGCUGAAGGAAAGGAUUCUGUAGCAUCGACCGCUUCUCUCUCUACAUCACAACAACGUCAACAACAACAACAGAAACAUCAUCUAUCAUCUGAACAGAGUCGAUCUAUGAGAUCAUCCUCGACAAGUUUAGCAGAUCCUACUAUCUCAUUGAUUACAGAUACGAUGAUGGGUCAUUGGUUAUGGAAAUACCCUCGACAUCAACGUCUUUUACGCAACCCACCAGCACAACCUCAUCAACGAUACUUCUGGAUGCAUCCUUAUACCCGCACCUUGUAUUGGAGUACACAUGCUCCUGGUAUACCCAAUCGAGAUGUCAGAACAAAGAGUGCAUAUAUUGAAAAUAUGAAGGUGAUACAGAGCAGUAACGAGGGUACUGGAUUGCCCAAUGCUAGUAUUCAAAUCAAAACAUCUGAAGGUGAUAUGAAAUUAGUUGCUCCUGAUACGAAUACUCAUCAAACUUGGGUGGAGUCGUUGUCUUAUGUGUUGGCAAGACAACCGGAUGUCAACAGAACAAACCGAAUGAUGAGACCAACAGCAUCAAGUAGUAGAACAACGAGCAGAUUUGACGUGAAUAGCAACAACACAGACAAGAGACAUCGAUCAAGUAUGUUAUCUGAUUUCUUCCACAGCAAUAAUGGAUCGACACUUUCAACACCAAAACCGAAAAACAAACAUCAACAACGACAUUCUAUUCAUGAUUGGCCAUCUGGAUCAAUAGCACAACAAGAAGAUCAUCAUAAGGAUAUAAGUAAACAAGGUGAAUUGAAUGACGAUGAAUUAGAACAACUAGAAGAUCUUCGUAUGUGUUGUAAUGGUAAACAUCAUUUAUCUCACUUGGAACGUGAUCGAAUCCUACCUAGUCGACCUCGAUAUCCAAAACGUUCGUUUCGACAUUCCUUAGCAGCGACUGGUUAUUAGUUUCUUUUUUCUUUGGAUAUAUUCUCUCCCUUUAUUUAUUUAUUUAUUUUUUUUUUUGUGAACGUAUAUAUGCUGUAGUUAGUUUGUCAGUUCGUUAUACCCCUCCAAUCUUCUAUUUUUUAUUAAUAUUAUUUGAUAUGCAUUUUCCUUCAAUAAAAUCCACUCAUUUUUUUUUUUAUUGUGUUAGUAUUAUUUUUAU